AGACUUCCGCGAUCGAUAUAGGCGAAAACAAACCAGAGAGCCGGACAUCGCCCUGGAAUAAACUCUCCUUUCCCCAAACUCCCGGCCCGUUAUGGUAUGGAGAGCCCGAGAAGGGUGAAUGAAUUCUGGGCACAAAGCGAGACUCAGAGGAGGACGCGCUUGCGGUCCGGUGUCUGACGGGAGCGCGCGGGGGAACCGGUUGCUCUUUUACACCCGCUCCCUGUCCAGGGUCCCGGAGUGGUUGCUGCGGGUGCUGCUGCUGCUUCUUCGGUGGCUGUUUCAGCCGAUUCGACGAGCCAUGGCGGCCCGGGCCAAAGAGUGCGGCCCCGACGGCAGUGAAGAGACCGGAGAGCGGAUCCGAAACUACCACAAACAAGCCUUCGAGUUCAUUUCUGUGGCUCUGCAGAUCGACGAGGACGAGAAAGGUGAUAAGCAGAAGGCGGUGCAGUGGUACAGAAAAGGCAUCGCUGAACUGGAGAAGGGCAUCCAGAUUCAGGUCACUGGAGCUGGCGAGAAGGCAGACAGAGCCAGAAAACUCCAGGACAAAAUGAUCACCAACCUGUCCAUGGCCGAAGACCGGCUGAAGCUUCUGGGCAAUCUGCUUUCACAGUCUCCAGCAGAGAGCAGCUCUGAUGAUUCUUUCUACUCUUUCUCCAAUGGUAAUCUGCGUCCAGCUCCAGCCAGUGGAGCAGUCUCCAAGAAGAAGGACACUCUCACAAUCACAAAUCAAACUUCUCUGCGGCCCAAAAAUCCUCCCAAAUCUACCCCGAAUGCAUCAGGUCUGAACUGCACUCCCUCAGCAGCUCAGAGCAGCAGGACCGGCCCUCAAAACAAUCAGAAGGGGCCCACAGUCAAAGGCAAAAAUAAUGUUAAAGCCAGUACCACUGCCACUGCGUCACCUCAAAGGAAAAGAGACAUGAAGAACUUCAAAAAUGUGGACAGCAAACUGGCAAGCCUCAUCCUCAACGAGAUCGUGGACAGCGGGUCUGUGGUGAGGUUUGAUGAUAUAGCAGGACAGGAUUUGGCCAAGCAGGCGCUGCAGGAAAUCGUCAUCCUGCCUGCCCUACGUCCAGAGUUGUUUACUGGUCUCCGGGCUCCAGCUAGAGGACUCCUGCUCUUCGGCCCUCCUGGUAAUGGGAAAACCAUGCUGGCGAAAGCCGUCGCAAUGGAAUCGAAUGCUACUUUCUUCAACAUCAGCGCUGCCACUCUCACCUCCAAAUAUGUGGGAGAGGGAGAGAAGCUGGUUCGAGCUCUGUUUGCGGUCGCUCGAGAGCUGCAGCCGUCGAUUAUCUUCAUCGAUGAGAUCGACAGUCUGCUGUGUGAGAGGAGGGAAGGCGAACACGAUGCCAGCAGACGACUCAAAACAGAGUUUCUCAUCGAGUUUGAUGGAGUGCAGUCAGGUGGAGAUGAGCGUGUGUUAGUGAUGGGAGCCACUAACAGGCCUCAGGAGCUGGACGAGGCUGUUCUCAGGAGAUUUGCUAAACGCAUUUAUGUGGCUUUACCUACAGAGGAGACUCGACUGAAGCUGCUGAAGAAUCUCCUCAGUAAACACAGAAAUCCUCUGUCUCAGAAAGAGCUCAGUCAGCUGGCCAGGCUGACCGACGGUUACUCUGGCAGCGAUCUCACCUCUCUGGCUAAAGACGCUGCUCUCGGCCCGAUACGAGAGCUGAAGCCGGAGCAGGUGAGGAACAUGUCAGCCCAUGAGAUGCGUGACAUUCGCAUCUCUGAUUUCCUGGAGUCUCUGAAGCGGAUCAAGCGGAGCGUCAGUCCGCAGACCUUGGAUCAGUACGUGCGCUGGAACCGCGAGUACGGAGACACGACUGGCGUAUGACAACACGCGCUUCAACCACAGAUGCGGAAGAACCUUCACGAAGUGAAUCUUUCUGUCUUUUUCAUGGCUUCACUUUUGACCCGGAACAUUCAUUUUCUCUGAGAUUCUGACUGAGUGUUUCUGACCGCAGAUGACAUUCAGAGGAUUUUUUAUGCAAACUUUUGAACGUUUCUUGAUGAGUCUAAUUCUGCACCUUGAUUUGAGUAUAAUGAGAAGCACUUGUGAUCGGGAGUUUCUGUGCUGUGUGUCUCUUCUUUAUGUGUUUCACAGGAAUCAGUGUGCUGGGGUUAAUCUUACAACACGCUUGAAGAUUUAAGGAUGAAUAAAGGAUGUACAUUUGGCCUGAUAUGACAUUAUAAACACUCCUAAAGUUUCAGCAGGGGGCGUCAUCUCAGUGUCUUCCUCAAGAAACUUUCCUGAUGUAGAAAUGUUUUUUCCAAGUCUGCGGUUUUUAAUGAUGUCAGAUUUUGAAAUGUUGGGAUUUGAUUUGUUUGUAAAGUGCAUCAAAGAUUUAUAUAAAGCUUGAGUUUACUGUGG